UCUCCCUCUCCCAAUAGCAUCCUGACUACAGCUAGAUGGCAGGGAGUGGUUGCCAUGACUACCACAUGGUGCCCAGGCAGGCUGCAUUAUUAAAUCAGGGGCUUUUCUUUGAAGCCAGGAACCCAGGACCAAGUCCUGCCAGGGGCCUCAGUGGGAGUACAGAUCUGGCUGAAGCCUGGGAAGCGAGGGCCCUUCCUCUGCUGGGUGUUUAGAAGGAUGAAGGAGAUUGACCUGUGUGUGACCCUGUUCUGACCCCAGCCCCAGUCAGCACCCAUUUGAGCACUCAUUUGAACAGGAUAAGAGCCUAUCCCAGGUGCUGAAUCUAGAAGGAAUCGUGCCAUUCUGCUGAGUUGUUGGUGAAGCCCAACAGGCGACAGAGGAACUGCCAGAUGUGUGCAAGGAUUGUGCUUGGGAAUGAGAACCCAGCUGGCUUUGUGAUCAGCAGAGCGAUGUCCUGGAAUGGUCCCUGCCAUGCAUGGACUGAGUCCCAGCCACCGGCUGCCCUCGCCUGCCCCCUGCCUGGCUGCUGUGGGCGGGAGCCCUGAGCUGGCCGCUGUGCGCCAUGCUCUGGCCUUGCCUGGCGAUGCAGCCUGGCCCACAUGGCAGAGUGUGCUGCCAGGGUCUGACAUGGAUGAAGGUCCAGAGGCCAUGCUGGAGGCUGGUUGCAGCGCCUUCCUCCCAGUGAGCCCUGAGGUCAUGAGGCGCAGGCGGGGAGGCCUCAUCGAGCAGCGUGACAUUGUCAAGGCCCACGAAGCACACAAGAUGCAGAGUACCCCACAGGCACGUCGCAAGGAAUGGGAGAUGGCUCGUUUUGGGGAGGCAGCUGUCGGCAGGCCUGGCUCCGGCGAGGGAGACUCGGACCAGAGCAGGAACCGGCCAGAAACGCCUGUGCCAGCCUCGGGUUCCGCGGCCGCCUACAAGCAGUCGAAAGCGCAGAGGGCGCGCACUAUGGCCUUGUACAACCCGAUCCCUGUCCGUCAAAACUGCUUCACGGUGAACAGAUCCCUGUUUGUCUUCGGUGAGGACAACGUUGUCAGGAAGUACGCCAAGAAGCUCAUCGACUGGCCGCCGUUUGAGUACAUGAUCCUGGCCACCAUCAUUGCCAACUGCAUCGUCUUGGCUCUGGAACAGCACUUGCCUGAGGAUGACAAGACCCCAAUGUCCCGCCGACUGGAGAAGACCGAGCCCUACUUCAUUGGCAUCUUCUGCUUUGAGGCUGGGAUCAAGAUUGUGGCCUUGGGGUUCAUCUUCCACAAGGGCUCCUACCUCCGCAAUGGCUGGAAUGUCAUGGACUUCAUCGUGGUUCUCAGCGGCAUCCUGGCCACGGCGGGUACCCAUUUCAACACUCAUGUGGACCUGAGGACACUGCGUGCUGUGCGUGUGCUGCGGCCCUUGAAGCUGGUGUCUGGUAUCCCCAGCCUGCAGAUUGUGCUCAAGUCCAUCAUGAAGGCCAUGGUGCCCCUGCUGCAGAUCGGCCUUCUGCUCUUCUUCGCCAUCCUCAUGUUCGCCAUUAUUGGCCUGGAGUUCUACAGUGGGAAGCUCCACCGCGCCUGCUUCGUAAACAAUUCAGGUGUUCUGGAAGGAUUCGACCCCCCUCACCCAUGUGGCGUGCAGGGCUGCCCGGCUGGUUACGAGUGCAAGGACUGGAUCGGCCCCAACGACGGAAUCACACAGUUCGACAACAUCCUCUUUGCGGUGCUCACCGUUUUCCAGUGCAUCACCAUGGAGGGCUGGACCACCGUGCUGUACAACACCAACGAUGCCUUAGGAGCUACCUGGAACUGGCUGUACUUCAUACCCCUCAUCAUCAUCGGAUCCUUCUUUGUGCUCAACCUGGUCCUGGGAGUACUCUCCGGGGAGUUUGCCAAGGAGAGAGAGAGGGUGGAGAACCGCAGAGCCUUCAUGAAGCUGCGGCGGCAGCAGCAGAUUGAGCGUGAGCUGAACGGCUACCGGGCCUGGAUAGACAAAGCAGAGGAAGUCAUGCUUGCUGAAGAAAACAAAAACUCAGGGACGUCGGCCUUAGAAGUGCUUCGCAGGGCAACCAUCAAGCGGAGUCGCACAGAGGCCAUGACUCGGGACUCCAGCGAUGAGCACUGUGUGGAUAUUUCCUCUGUGGGCACCCCUCUUGCCCGAGCCAGCAUCAAGAGUGCAAAGGUGGAUGGGGCCUCCUAUUUCCGGCACAAGGAAAGGCUCCUGCGUAUCUCUGUGCGCCACGCCGUCAAGUCCCAGGUGUUCUACUGGAUUGUGCUAAGCCUCGUGGCCCUCAACACAGCCUGUGUAGCCAUUGUCCACCACAACCAGCCCCAGUGGCUCACCCACCUCCUCUACUAUGCAGAGUUCCUGUUCCUGGGGCUCUUCCUCCUGGAGAUGUCUCUGAAGAUGUAUGGCAUGGGCCCCCGCCUCUACUUCCACUCCUCCUUCAACUGCUUCGACUUUGGGGUCACAGUUGGCAGCAUCUUUGAAGUGGUCUGGGCAAUCUUCAGGCCAGGCACAUCUUUUGGAAUCAGCGUCUUGAGAGCUCUACGGCUUCUGAGAAUAUUUAAAAUAACAAAGUACUGGGCUUCUCUACGGAAUCUCGUGGUCUCCCUGAUGAGCUCCAUGAAGUCCAUUAUCAGUCUACUCUUCCUCCUCUUCCUAUUCAUCGUGGUCUUUGCCCUUCUUGGUAUGCAGCUGUUUGGUGGCAGGUUUAAUUUCAACGAUGGGACACCCUCAGCAAACUUUGACACUUUUCCUGCUGCCAUCAUGACUGUGUUCCAGAUCCUGACCGGAGAGGACUGGAACGAGGUGAUGUACAACGGCAUCCGCUCGCAAGGUGGUGUCAGCUCGGGCAUGUGGUCAGCAGUCUACUUCAUUGUGCUCACCUUGUUUGGAAACUACACACUGUUGAAUGUAUUCUUGGCCAUUGCUGUGGACAAUCUAGCCAAUGCCCAGGAACUGACGAAGGAUGAGCAGGAAGAAGAGGAGGCCUUCAACCAAAAGCAUGCCCUGCAGAAGGCCAAGGAGGUCAGCCCGAUGUCUGCACCCAAUGUGCCCUCCAUUGAGAGGGAGCGGCGGCGGCGGCACCACAUGUCCGUGUGGGAGCAGCGCACAAGCCAGCUGCGGAGACACAUGCAGAUGUCCAGCCAGGAGGCUCUCAACAAGGACGAGGCCCCCCCAAUGAACCCCCUCAACCCACUCAACCCCCUGAGUCCCCUCAACCCGCUCAACGCACACCCCAGUCUCUACAGGAGACCACGGCCCAUCGAGGGCCUGGCCCUGGGCCUGGGCUUGGACAAGUGUGAGGAGGAGCGUGCCAACCGUGGCGGGUCCCUCAAGGGGGUCCUGGACAGCCAGAGGAGCCCCUUGUCCCUGGGCAGACGGGAGCCACCAUGGCUGGCCAGGCCCUGUCAUGGGAACUGUGAGCCAGCCCCACAGGAGACAACUGGUGGGGAAACUGUGGUCACCUUUGAGGACCAGGCCAGGCACAGGCAGAGCCAGAGGCGCAGCCGGCACCGUCGAGUCCGGACAGAAGCCAAGGAGUCUUCCUCGGCCUCGCGGAGCAGGUCGGCCAGCCAGGAGCGGAACCUAGACGAGGGGGCGUUGACCGAAGCCGAGAGGGGCCAAGAGGCCCAGGGCAGCCUUGGCAAGGAGCCAAUGAUCCACGAAGAAGAGCAAGCUCAGGAUUCACGCAGGACAGGCUCAGGGCUGGCCGGAACCCUUGAGGGAGCAGACACAGCCCUAACCCCACCCCUGCCUGAGCUGGAUGAGGGACAGGAUGCAGCAUCUACUGAGCAGCAGCUGAGAGCCAGCCAGGAGCCCUCGCUGCAGGGACACGCACAGCUGGACGUGGGCAGGGCCAUCAGCCAGAGUGAGCCUGACCUCUCCUGCACAGCCACCACAGAUAAGGUCGCCACUGAGAGCAGUGAUGUCACCGUGGCCAUCCCUGACGCAGAGCCCCUGGUGGAUUCCACAGUCGUGCACAUCAGCAACAAGAUGGAUGGAGAAGCUAGUCCCCUGAAGGAGGCUGAGAGCAAAGAGGCCGAGCAGGAGACAGAGAAAACGAAGAAGAAGGAGAGGCCGGCGGGUGGCAAAGCCAUGGUGCCCCACAGUUCCAUGUUCAUCUUCAGCACCAGCAACCCGAUCCGGAGAGCCUGCCACUACAUUGUGAACCUGCGCUACUUUGAGAUGUGCAUCCUGCUGGUGAUUGCGGCCAGCAGUAUCGCCCUGGCAGCUGAGGACCCCGUGCUGACCAACUCGGAGCGCAACAGAGUCCUGCGCUAUUUUGACUAUGUAUUCACUGGUGUGUUCACCUUUGAGAUGGUCAUAAAGAUGAUAGACCAGGGCUUGAUCCUGCAGGACGGCUCCUACUUCCGAGACCUAUGGAACAUCCUGGACUUCGUGGUGGUGGUCGGUGCCUUGGUGGCCUUUGCCCUGGCGACCAACAAGGGUCGUGACAUCAAGACCAUUAAGUCACUACGAGUGCUACGUGUGUUGCGGCCACUGAAGACCAUCAAGCGCCUGCCCAAGCUCAAGGCCGUGUUUGACUGCGUGGUGACCUCCCUAAAGAACGUCUUCAACAUCCUCAUUGUGUACAAGCUCUUCAUGUUCAUCUUUGCCGUAAUUGCCGUGCAACUCUUCAAGGGAAAGUUCUUCUACUGCACGGACAGCUCCAAAGACACGGAGAAGGAGUGCAUAGGCAACUAUGUGGAUCAUGAGAAAAACAAGAUGGAGGUAAAGGGCCGGGAAUGGAAGCGCCACGAGUUCCACUAUGACAACAUCAUCUGGGCUCUGCUGACCCUCUUCACUGUCUCUACGGGGGAAGGAUGGCCUCAGGUUCUACAGCAUUCUGUGGAUGUGACUGAGGAAGACCGAGGCCCGAGCCGCAGCAACCGCAUGGAGAUGUCCAUUUUCUACGUGGUGUACUUCGUAGUCUUCCCAUUCUUUUUUGUUAACAUCUUUGUGGCUCUCAUCAUCAUCACAUUCCAGGAGCAAGGGGACAAGAUGAUGGAGGAGUGCAGCUUGGAAAAGAAUGAGAGAGCAUGCAUCGACUUUGCAAUCAGCGCCAAGCCUCUCACCCGCUACAUGCCACAGAACAGGCACACCUUCCAGUACCGUGUGUGGCACUUUGUGGUGUCCCCAUCCUUUGAGUACACCAUCAUGGCAAUGAUCGCCUUGAACACUGUCGUGCUGAUGAUGAAGUACUACUCUGCCCCCUGCACCUAUGAGCUAGCCCUCAAGUACCUGAACAUCGCCUUCACCAUGGUCUUCUCCCUGGAGUGCGUUCUGAAGGUCAUUGCUUUUGGCUUCUUGAACUAUUUCCGUGACACCUGGAACAUCUUCGACUUCAUCACUGUCAUUGGCAGCAUCACUGAGAUCAUCCUGGCUGACAGCAAGCUGGUGAACACCACAGGUUUCAACAUGAGCUUCCUGAAGCUCUUCCGGGCUGCCCGCCUCAUCAAGCUGCUGCGCCAGGGCUACACCAUUCGCAUCCUGCUGUGGACCUUUGUGCAGUCCUUCAAGGCUCUGCCCUAUGUCUGCCUGCUGAUCGCCAUGCUCUUCUUCAUUUACGCCAUCAUCGGGAUGCAGGUCUUUGGAAACAUCAAGCUAGAUGAAGAGAGCCACAUCAACCGGCAUAACAACUUCCGCAGUUUUUUUGGGUCUCUCAUGCUGCUCUUCAGGAGUGCCACGGGCGAGGCCUGGCAGGAGAUCAUGCUGUCAUGCCUGGGUGAGAAGGGCUGCGAGCCUGACACUACAGCACCUGCUGGCCAGCAGGAGAGCGAGCGCUGCGGAACUGACCUUGCCUACGUCUACUUCGUCUCCUUCAUCUUCUUCUGCUCCUUCCUGAUGCUCAACCUGUUUGUGGCUGUCAUCAUGGACAACUUUGAGUACCUGACCCGGGACUCCUCCAUCCUGGGGCCACACCACUUGGACGAGUUUGUACGUGUGUGGGCCGAGUAUGACCGGGCUGCAUGUGGCCGCAUCCAUUACACUGAGAUGUACGAGAUGCUGACCCUCAUGUCGCCACCACUAGGCCUCGGCAAGAGAUGCCCCUCCAAGGUGGCGUAUAAGAGGCUGGUGCUCAUGAACAUGCCCGUGGCCGAGGACAUGACAGUCCACUUCACGUCCACCCUUAUGGCUCUGAUCCGCACAGCGCUGGACAUUAAAAUCGCCAAGGGGGGCGCAGACAGGCAGCAACUGGACUCAGAGCUGCAGAAGGAGAUCCUGGCCAUCUGGCCCCACCUGUCUCAGAAAAUGCUGGACCUGCUGGUGCCCAUGCCCAAAGCCUCAGACUUGACUGUGGGCAAGAUCUAUGCAGCAAUGAUGAUCAUGGACUACUACAAGCAGAGCAAGGUGAAGAAGCAGAGGCGUCAGCUGGAGGAGCAGAAAAAUGCACCCAUGUUCCAGCGCAUGGAGCCGUCCUCUCUACCCCAGGAGAUCAUCGCCAAUGCCAAGGCCCUGCCCUACCUCCCGCCAGGCCCCCCUGCAGGCCUGGGUGGCCGGAGCAGAUGUCCUGCGAUGAGUCCACUGUCCCCACAGGAGAUCUUCCAGUUGACAUGCAUGGACCCGCCAGAGGAAGAAGGGCAGUUCCAGGAACAGCGCUCUCUGGAGCCAGAGGUUAGUGAAUUAGAAAGCGUGCGGUCCGCUAACCAUGGCACCCAGCUUCCUCAGGACACCCGGGAGCAGGAGGCAUCGGGGAGGGCCUCCUCUAUGCCACGCCUGACUAUGGAGCCCCAGGUGGUCACAGACCCAGGCUCCAUGCGGCGCUCCUUCUCCACCAUCCGGGACAAGCGCUCCAGCUCCUCAUGGCUUGAGGAGUUCUCCAUGGAACGGAGCAGCGACAACACCUACAAGUCACGCCGCCGCAGCUACCACUCAUCCCUGCGGCUGUCUGCCCACCGCCUCAACUCAGACUCAGGUCACAAGGCUGACACUCACCGCUCAGGAGGCAGAGAGCGGGGACGGUCCAAAGAGCGAGAGCACCUUCUCUCCGCUGAUGUGUCCCGCUGCAGCUCCGAGGAGCGGGGGGCCCAGGCGGACUGGGAGUCCCCCGAGCGCCAUCAGUCUAGGUCUCCGAGUGAGGGCAGGUCCCAGAGCCCCACCCGACAGGGCACAGGCUCCCUGAGUGAGAGUUCCAUCCCCUCCAUCUCGGACAGCAGCACCCCGAGGCACAGCCGCCGGCAGCUGCCUCCCCUUCCCCCAAAGCCGCGGCCCCUCCUCUCCUAUUGCUCACUCAAGCAGCAGCAGCCUGGUGGCGACUUCUCCCCACAGGCUGAUGGGAGCCAGGGGGGCACCCUGCUGGCUUCCCCGUCCCUGCAGAGCACCCCGGGGGGCUUGUCUGAGGUGCCUGCUGCAUCAGGCCCGCAGGCCUCACCCCAGCGCUACAUCUCAGAGCCCUACCUGGCACUGCACGAAGACUCCCACGCCUCGGACUGCGGCGAGGAGGAGACGCUCACCUUCGAAGCCGCUGUGGCCACUAGCCUCGGCCGUUCCAACACCAUCGGCUCAGCCCCACCCCUGCGGCACAGAUGGCAGAUGCCCAACGGGCACUAUCGGCGGCGACGGCGUGGGGGGCCUGGGCCUGGCACUGUGUGUGGCACUGUGGGUGAUCUUAGUGACACUGAGGAAGAUGACAAGUGCUAGAGGCUGCUCCCUUCCCUGCAUGCUCCCGCCUCACUUGGGGUGUCAGGAAGCCUGGGCGGGCCAGGGGGAGGGGAGGAGCAGGACCCCAUUGGUGGCCAAGAUGGGCGUGGAGAGCUGGUCUGCACCCCCCAGACCCCUGGCUCCCUGCUCUAUUGGGGAAGAAAGGACAGGGCCAUGGGGCUUCUCCCACGGAGGGAGUGUCCUGUGCCCUCCCCUCAGCCCCUCUCGCUGUCUGGCCAAGGGUGACGUGCAGUACCCUGGGCAUCCUGAGCCAUGGGUACCCCAGGAGGAGUCUUGCCUGGCACCAGCACCCAAGAGGAGCACUGGGUGCCAUGGGUGGGAGCUGGGGAGGGAGAUGCAGGAGAGUGGGAGAGGCGGAUCUGACGAGAAAAGCCAUAACCCUCUGCCCCACUGGGCGGGGCCAUGCAGGGGGAAGGAGCUGGGCAGCUGCCAUCCCCCCAGCACCCACCCUGAUGAAGGUGGUGUGAAUGGCACUGUUACCCAAGCUGCUCUAGGCAUUGGCCGUGGGGCCCCGAGGCAUUUGGAGCAGCAUCUGUGUCCAUGCUGCAGCUUGUGGAUGCUGCACUGGGAGGCCAGGGGCCCACAGGAGAGGUGGGCAGAGGAGCAAUAGCUGGCCAGGCCACAUCAUGGAAGACACGGGGGAGGGGGCAGUGCAUAUGCCUUGGCCUGGCAUCUUCUGCAAUGUUGAGACUGAGGCUGCCUGUGCUGGAUGUUCUCCAGGCCAAGACUGGGCUGCAGGCCUCCCUGCACCGAGGACAUGGACAGUGACCUCCCCUCAGCCCUCACAGCCUCCCUGCAUGCAGGGCUCUCUCCAGAGGAAGACACAGAGGACCUGCGCAACCCGUCCUCCUGUGGGGCAGCUGUCCCAGUGGUUUUACACACACGGUUGUGUUCUCCUGACUGGAGUUGAGGGCAGACCCAGCAUAAGCUCAGACAAGCUCAGUCCAGCCACAUGCCUGGAGGACCACAGCCACAGCCUCGCUGCUGGAUGUGGCUGGACUCCCUGAUCCACCGUCACCCUAAACCAAAGCAGCCUCACAACAGGAGGCUCCUAGAAGCCUCCCAUGUCAGUUUUCCUGGGUAGCAGGCUUAUGCUUGACCAACUGAGCACCCAGCUCCUGCACAGCUGAGUACUAGACCCUGCUGGCAGCAGCAUCUCCCCCACCCAGUCAGUUCUUGAGGCCGUGGCCAGGAGUGGCAUGUGAGCACCAAAUCUCCUGUGCCAGACACACUGCCUAGACACCCUGUUCUGUGCCCUGCAGGAGGCCCGCACGAGUCCCUGACUCACACCUGCUCUCCCCAGGACCCUGCCCAAGAAGUUGGCCUCUCUUUCCUGCCUGCGCUCGCCCUAGUGAGAGUCUGGGAGGUCAGAUUCCCUACAAGUCAGUCUCACCCAACCCUGUCCUGGCUCUCACCACCCUGGAGGGCCUCACCCCCAUGCCCAUUGUAGGGGUUCAUCACUCCCCAAGACCCCUCCUCACCAUCUCCCCAGAACAGCAAAGGCUGGAGGGGAUGGGAGAAGAAAACCAAGGCCAGGAGAUGCCCAGCCAGGGGUGGGGGGAGGAAGGGGCGUGGAGGACACAGCUUCCUCCUCCCAUACCACACAGGCCAGGAUCACUGCCCACCAGGGUGGGCCAGGUCAGGCCCCUUCCAGGUUCACAACCUUUCCGCUAUACGUCUCCAAGAGACACCUCAGUCCCACCUUCAACAUUUCCCUGACACACGUCCGUGGCUUGCAUGGGGAACCUGGUCUCUGUGCCUGUGUAGCUGCACGUUAGCCUGGACAGGCCAGCUGGGGUGAUGCCUGCUGCUCCAGGGUCCAUAUUCUACAGAAAUUCUCACCCUGGGGAAAUUGGGCCACAAAGUCUGAACACUUAGUCAUUCCCUCCAGUGGGCUGAGCCAGGGACACCCAGCGCCCCCCAUUACCCCUCCCAGCUGUGAGCGCCACAGGUGGGCAAGUGCCUCGUGGAUGUUUCUGGACCUGUCCUGAGUUCCAUGGCCUUGGAUUGGCUCUUCCUGAGGACACGCAAAUGGCGCCUCACCCAGGACACAGUUCACUCCAGCUUUAAAAUUCACCUUUGAAAUCCCACACUAAGGCAUGUUUUAACAACAGCCAAACUUGGUGAACUCAGGGUCAAGGCCCACCUCCUCCAUGCAGGUCCCUGGGAGCAGCUUCUGGCACUUUCUCUGAGAUGCCCAGUCCCAUCCCCCAGAGAGCAGGGUCACCACAUGCGUGUGCCCAGGAAGGAAGGAAUGACCAUAGAUUCCAGGUGGCCAGUUUUUCAUCCUUGAAGCCUCAUUCUGGGGCCUCUGUCCAAAAACUAUCUCAGCAGGCCACUAAGGAGUGCCAGGGCCUGGGCACAGGGGCAA